AUGCCUCGCACCGUCCGCCUCGCCGCCGCCCAAAUGGGCACGACCAACAAAUGGUCCUCGCGCGAAGAAACCCUAACCCGAAUGAUCACCCUCCUCAAGGAUGCCGCCAACCAAGGAGCAAAACUGGUCCUAUUCCCUGAAAUCGCCUUCACGACAUUCUUCCCUCGAUACCUGAUCCUCGACGAAGCCGAGCUAGAAGAUUGGUUCGAGCACGGAGAUAUCCUGACCGCGCCGCGCACAAAGGCACUCUUCGACACAGCCCACACUCUAUCCGUGGACAUCAUCGUCGGCUUCGCGGAAGCUACCGACGUAGGCGAGCACUUCAACAGCUGCGUGUACUACCACGCCGCGACAGGGUCAAUUCUCUCCAGAUACCGCAAGGUCCAUCUCCCCGGUGAUGUGGAGCCACUUCCCGAUCCGAAAGCUGUGAAUCAGCUCGAGAAGCGGUACUUCAAGCCGGGGAAUCUGGGAUUCCAGGCUUUCCGUGUGCCGGGCCUCCUCUCCCCGUCACUAUCACAACAUCAACAAGGUGAAAAGGACGCAGACCCCGUCCUCGGAAUGAUGAUCUGCAAUGACCGCCGCUGGGCAGAAUCCUGGCGCGAAUAUGGCCUGCAAGGUGUCGAAAUCGUCGCCUGUGGAUAUAAUACCAAUGGAUUUGCGCCGCAGUUCUGGGGCCAGUCGGCGGAUAUGACUCCCGAGGAAGCGGAGGAGUUGUCCCUGUUUCAUCAUAAACUAGUCAUGCAGUGCCAUAGUUACACGAAUGCGUGUUUCAGUGUUAGUGCUGCGAGAUGUGGGCUUGAUGAUGGAGAGUAUCCCCUCAUUGCCGGGUCGAGUAUUGUUGACCCUGAGGGGAGAAUCAUCGCGGAGACAAAGACGAAGGGCGAUGAGGUUAUCAUUGCGGACUGUGAUUUGGGGCUUUGUCGCGCUGGGAAGACCCGUACGUUUGAUUUUGCGAGACAUCGCAGAAUUGAGCAUUAUGGGAGGAUUACGGGGCAGACGGGGGUGGUGGAGCCCCCGUCCACUACCAGCUCGAAUAUUAUCGUCCCAAAGACGGAGAAGAAAGGGAAGAUAAGAGUCCUCCUGAUUAACCCCAACUCCACACCCUCCAUGACAGAUACUUGCAUCUCUAUGGUGAAACCGACCCUCCCACCAGACGUCGAAGUUGUCCCCUUCACUGCUCCCAUCCCUGCCCCGUCGGCAAUUGAGGGAUCCCUUGAUGCUGUUCUGUCCGCUGCCGCUGCCGUCAGGGCUAUUCUGCCUAUCGCAGAUCAGUACGAUGCAUUCCUGGUUGCGUGCUUUAGCGAUCAUCCGCUCGUUUAUGCCCUGAGGGAAGAGCUAUCCGCCCCCGUGAUAGGGAUCAUGGAGGCUGGGUUGAUGGCUGCUAGGACAGUUGGAGGGAGGUUCGGGGUGGUGGUGACUUCUCAGAGGUCAAAGGUUAUUCAUGCCGAUGCGGUGAGAAAGUUCGGAAUGGAUGGGGUGUGUGCUGGUGUGGAGGCAUGUGGAAUGGGGGUUUUGGAGCUGGAUAAGGGUAGCGCUGAUGGCGGGAAGGAUGUGGUUGGGGCGAUGUGUGGUGCGGCGAAGAGGUUGGUGGACGGCGCUGGUGCGGAUGUUAUUGUCCUGGGGUGUGCAGGGAUGAUGAAGUUGAAGGGGGCGGUGGAGGAGGCUGUUGGAGGUGAUGGGGACGUGCAGGUUGUGGAUGGGGUUGUGGCUGGGGUGCAGCAUCUUGUUGGAUUGGUCAGGAUGGGAGUAAAGACGGCGAAAAAGGGGGCGUAUGCGAGUUCUAAGGUGGGGAGGUUGGCGAGGGGGCAGGAGUAUCUUUGA